AUGGAUCUGAUAAAGUAUAUCUUAGAAAAGCCUGUUGUUAAUGGUAGAAUUUCCCGAUGGCAAAUGUUGUUGACCGAGUAUGAUAUUCAGUAUGUGACCCAGAAAGCAAUAAAAGGGAGUGUUCUGUCUGACUACCUUGCUCACCUGUCUAUCGAAGGUUAUCAACCGUUGAGGUUUGACUUUCCAAACGAAGACAUUAUGUUUAUCAAAGACUUCAUUAUGCCAGGCUUCGAGGCAGGCCCCGAGGAAGGCCCCAAACUAGGAUCACAAUGGACGCUCGUGUUCGACGGUUCUUCCAAUGCUCGAGGCCAUGGCAUAGGUGUUGUUAUCACUUCUCCAACUGGUUUCCACCUUCCAUUUACCGCUAGAUUGUCUUUUGACUGCACCAACAAUAUGGCAGAAUAUGAAGUAUGUAUCUACGGUUUAGAGGCGGAAAUCGACUUAAGGAUCAAGAUUCUUGAGGUAUAUGGUGAUUCAACUCUGGUAAUGAGUCAGGUAAAAGGUGAUUGGGAGACUCGGGAUAGCAAGUUUAUACCUUACAAGGAGCAUAUCAGAAAAUGGGUACCCUACUUUGAUGAAAUCUCUUUUCACCAUAUUUCUAGGGAAGAAAGUCAGUUAGGAGAUGCUCUAGCCAUGUUGGCAUCUAUGUUCAAAGUCAAAUGGAAGAAUUAA